AUGCAGCAUCGGUUCGCUGCCCGGAGCGUGGCGGGCGCCCAAGGCGCAGGAUGCAGCCCCAGCUCGCGGAGGGCACGGUGCCCGGGAGACGGCGGGACCCUCACGUCUUCCCUGCGGCUCGUUUAUAGGCUCACGGUGGUAAUCGCCGGGGGCUGGACGCUGUCCCCCCAGCCGGACCCCAGGGAGCACCUGCAACCCCGGCCUGAGGGAGGCCCACAGGUGCUGAGUCCUCUGUUCCCCGCAGGAGAACUGUAUCGGGUCUCCUUGAGAAGACAGAGGUUCCCAGCCCAGGGAAGCAUCGAGAUCCACGAAGACAACGAGGAAGGCUGCCCACAGCGCUCCUGCAAGACGCACGUCCUCCUGCUGGUGCUGCAUGGGGGCAACAUCCUGGACACGGGCGUGGGGGACCCGUCCUGCAAGGCGGCCGACAUCCACACCUUCAGCUCUGUGCUGGAGAAGGUCACGCGUGCCCACUUCCCGGCGGCCCUGGGCCACAUCCUCAUCAAGUUCGUGCCCUGCCCGGCUGUCUGCUCGGACGCCUUCUCACUCGUCUCUAACCUGAACCCCUACAGCCACGAUGAGGGCUGCCUCGGCAACAGCCAGGACCACGUCCCUCUGGCCGCCCUGCCCCUGCUGGCCAUCUCCUCCCCGCGCUACCAGGACGCGGUGGCUACCGUCAUCGAGCGGGCCAACCAGGUCUACGCGGAGUUCCUCAAGUCCCCUGAUGGGAUCGGCUUCAGUGGGCAGGUGCAUGGGGUGGGGGCUGGACCCCCCUUGCUGUGUGUCCACAGACACUGGCAGGACCUGGGCUACCUAAUCCUGUACAUCACGGGCCGGCCGGACAUGCAGAAGCAGCGGGUGGUGUCCUGGCUUUCCCAGCACAACUUCCCCCAGGGCAUGAUCUUCUUCUCGGACGGGCUGGUGCAUGACCCACUGCGGCAGAAGGCCAUCUUCCUCCGCAACCUCGUGCAGGAGUGCUUCAUCAGAAUCAGCGCGGCCUACGGUUCCACGAAGGACAUCUCUGUCUACAGCGUGCUGGGGCUGCCACCCUCCCAGAUCUUCAUCGUGGGCCGGCCCGCCAAGAAGUACCAAGCCCAGUGCCAGUUCCUGAGCGAGGGCUACGCGGCCCACCUGGCGGCGCUGGAGGCCGGCCACCGCUCGCGCCCCAAGAAGAACAACUCGCGCAUGAUCCUGCGCAAGGGCAGCUUCGGGCUGCACGCCCAGCCCGAGUUCCUGCGGAAGCGCAACCACCUGCGCAGGACCAUGUCGGUGCAGCAGCCCGACCCGCCCGCCAACCCCAAGCCCGAGCGGGCGCAGAGCCAGCCCGAGUCCGACAAGGACCACGAGCGGCCCCUGGCCGCGCUCAGCUGGGCGCGCGGGCCCCCCAAGUUCGAGUCGGUGCCCUGAGGGCCGGGCUGUGCGCAGAGCAGGGGGGCCCUGCCUGUGGGCCAGGGGGGCUGCUUCUCCCCGAGACAGGCCUUUUCCUGCUUUUUCCCUCCCGUGUCUGUCCAGCAGUGUCCGACCAGAGCGGGGAGGGACCCAGCCGCGCCCGGGGGUAGAGCCCAGGGUCUGUGUGCAGCCGCGGCUGCCUCCCCGUGUGGGGCCCGUGACCGCAAGCCCGGGUCAGCGCUGGGGCGUGUGCGACGCCAGGGAGCGGGCCUGCCGGAGCGGGAGGGUUGGGCGGAGUCGACCAUCCUUCUGGGGCCCCGAGGCUUUGGAGGUGCCAGGCAGGCCCGGAGGGGAGAAGCCCCCAGACCGGGCACCCGCGGCCCCGGCGGGCACAGCUCCUGCCGGAGGGGCGAGCGGCAUUUGCACCGCCCUCCCUGUGGCACCCCGGGUCGCCGUCUUGGGCCUCCUGGCUUUCCUGGGGCCAAGUGGCCACCUUCUGGGAGUGAGAGGCUAUCCCCUGGGUCCUCCUGUGUCCGCGGUGUCCGUCCACGGCCCUGGGGGGAGCGGGGUCUGGUGCUGACGGUCUGUUCUCCUGCGGCUGUCCAUUGUCCCCGUCUUGUCCUCGGUACUGUCACCAUUCUCCCGUGGCCCGUGAGGACAGUCAUUCCUCUUCCCGGGGUCCUGCCUGGCGCCCUCCCCCGUGAGGCUGCGGCCUUGGGCUCUGGCCCAGCUGGGCUGCCUGUGAGCCCACUGCUCGCUCUCUCUGGGCCCUGUCUUGCUUAUGGGAUUGGACGGGUCUCCCCGCUGAGAUGGGGGCGGGUUUCUGACUCCUGGGCUGUCUUGCACUAGGAGCCCCUCAGAAGGCCCAGGGUGCACGUUGCACGCAGUCUGAGAGGGGGCUCUGGGGGCCCCUCGCGGGCUCCGAGCACCCCACCAGUUCACAGGAAGCCCUUGCGGGGAGGGAGGGGGAUGGGAAGGUGGGAAGGGGUCCCUGCUCCCCGGGGCGGUUUGCUUUGCACUGAUGUCCGAACCAGGCGUCCCAGGAACAGGGACAUCGCCCCAGAGGGCACUGAUCUGACUCGCCCUCCCUAGCUCUGCUCAGACUGAUUCUCCCUCUUGGCUCCUGGAGGGCACGGAGUUGACAUCCCGGCAUUCUGGGGGUUCAUGUGAUUUUGGCUCAAACUGUUGUAUUCUCUUCCCUUCUGCCUGCCACUCCGCUGGGUUUGGUGCCCUUACCCUCCCCCUGGCUCGUCCCCUGAGGUUGGCAGGGCUUGGCUCCCGGGGUGGGGGGCCCCUCAGAGCCUGCCCGAACUGUCCUGCUGUGAGCCCCUGGCUGGGGGGCCUGGGUCCCUGCACUCCACUGCUGUCCGGCCGGGCCCACUGCUGUCCCCGGGGGCUGCCGCGGCCUGCUUCUGGGCCCCCUCUGGCCGUCCCCGAGGCUGGCUCAGCUCCUCCAAGCAGGGCUGCGUCCGGCCGGGCUGCCCCAGAGCCCAGACCUCUGUAUCCGCAACAGGCACCCACGUGAGCCCUGUGUCGCUUCCGCUCAGCGUCUACCUCUCACAGCUCCUGCGUGGCCCGCGUUCUCCCCGGACAGCGACCGCUCUGUGAAUUGCCUGGCAAAGCGGGCGCCCUGCUGGGGCCGGGGUGAGGGGUCCGGGCUCCCAGCCCCCAGCCCGCGCUCUCUGGGACGUGAGUCGUCUUCUCCGGCACGGCCGGCUGGCCCGCUCCACCUGCAGGGCUGUUGGCACCGAGCCCGAGUCCCGGGCUGCUCCUUCUCUGGCCCUGCCUCCUGGCGGUUCCCGGUUCGCACGGGCCGCUCCUCCUUCCACAUUCCAUCCGCGGGGCGCUCUAUGAGGCGCCAGCGCUUAGGGCCUAGCCACGUCCACCCUUUCCAGAAUAUGCUCUGGACGGAGCGCGGGCAGACGGCCUGCCUCUCUGAUGUUACGCGGAAGCUGCUGAUGUAGGUGAUAAAGUCCUUAGUGGGAGUUCCUUCUUCCUGAGUUGGGCUUCCUCUGCUCUGCGAACCCCAGGCCGGAAGCCUGAGAGAGACAGACGGAGACAGAGAGCGCCGGGACCCUGCAGGGGAACCUGCGUCCCGUGAGCAGGGCUCCAGGGCCUGGGCUCUGGAGCUGGGCUGGGGCACCCGGCCGGAGGCCACCCCCUUGCUGUCCGGAGCUCGGAGGACCCACGCCCGCGAUGCUGAAGGUGUACAGCGGGAUGCGGUGAGCGGGACCCCCAGGAGCCUCAGCUGGGACGCGUGCGGGGUGGGUUUCGGCAGCGGGAGGCUCCUCGGCUCUCCCAGAGACUCUAACCAACACACUUCCUGUACCUAUCAGUGGCUUGUUCCGUUGUGUCCGUCCACUCCAGGCCGAGAAAAACAAAGCACCCAGUGGUGCUGUUCUCUGGAGGGGGCUUGCCUCUCCCCGGAGCAGUUCCGUGACCCGGUCUGGCUGUUUUCUAGAGAAUCCUUCCAGUUCCCGGUGUGCCCGCUCCCUGGGGGCUGGGAACCUCUCUACCUGCCUGACCAAAGCUCCUCGUCUCUCGUGUGGCAUGUUUGUUCUUCCCGAUCCGGGGCUGUGCUUGCCGGAGCGCUGCCUGCCCCCCUCGUCUGCACUCGCCCUGUUGGGGGCUCGGGGUGCACCGUUGGCUGGCGCCCGCUCUCCCGGCAUCAUGGGUUUUCUCUGGAAGAUCUCGCGACUCCUCCCUUAGGCUCCACAAAACACGUAUUUAAAAAAGUCAACUCUUUUCAUCCUUUUGGAUGAACGGCCCUCCUGUCUGGGUGCCGGGCCGCGGAAGAGCAGGUGUGGACCCCGCAUUCCGGAGGUUGCUGGGCCGUGGUCUCCCUGAAAGAGGGGAGGCUGGGUCUCACGGUCUCGAGAUGGUCCUUUUACCUCCUUGGAGCCCAGAGUCUGUGCCCCCGACGUGUCCUGCAGGCAAAACAGGGCGCCGGUUUUUGAAAGAAACCCAGUCCCAUCGGGUGGGGGGGUGGCACUCGUUCUGCUCGGACGCCCCCCCCCCCAGCCUCGGUGCCGCCCCGCUCCGGAGGGGCGCCCGGACUGCGGCGGAGCCUCGCAGCUUGCCCCCGCCUUAAAUAACCAAUUUCCCGCCGAAUCCCGGGGGUUUGGGUGCCAAGUGCUCUGGAAACCUAUUCUCUUUGGCUCAGCCAAAAGAAGCCACCCCUCCCUCCUUCCCCUCCCUCUGGGCUUGGGGACACUUUCUUAAAAAUCACAGCUAGGGUGACGUCCCCGAGCAGUAGCGAGGCCUGGCCCGGGUCCUGCCGUUGGGGCCGGGAGGGAACGCAGUGGGACCCCACCCUCACUGGGACGAGGAUCGGCAGGUGACACCGAGGGGCAGGACAGGAGGCAGCCCGCUCGAGGGGCCUCCACCCCAGGACCCCACUGUCCUUUCCUAUUUGUUUACUCCAUGGCGGCAGCCUGUCUGACCUUGUCCGUGGUCUGGCUGUUCCUAAAUGUGUGACUCUCAGUAUUACUUGUGGUGGAUGGUUCUGUGGUCAAAGAAAGGUUUACCCUGCUCCUCAUGGCUGCCUUGUACAAAAUCCGUUAGAGAAGAAAAUGUAAAAUACCAGGUUUCUAACAGGACACACACCGCGUCACGGAGCUAAAAGAUUUUUACAACUGGUCUUGAUUUUGACGUGAGCUGGUUUUUAACUCUCGGAUGUUGUCACUUAAAUAAAAACCUUAUUUGCCUUUAA